AUGUGCGCGCCCACAAUCCUCUCGGAUUCUGUCCUGACGGUCCCACAGUGCGUGACAAACGAGAUCCCGCCCGUGACGCCUUGCGCACGAUGCGUCAAACGCCAGCUGGCCUGCGAGUACGUCGCGACCCAGGACGGCGCAGAAGAACAAUAUAUUCCCCAACAAAACACCGCGUCGUCGUCGUCCUCGGUGGCGGUCGCGCUGCCCUCCGAGACGCCCAUGCAGCAGGAUUUCCCGCACUACCCCGCACCGGCCCGCGGACGAUCCGCGUCCCGGCACUCGACGCACCGGACGAUGCCGGCAAUGUACGGACAGCAUGCGCAUGGGCAGCCCGGGCUGCUCCGCCCGAGUCCAAACCCGCACGCAUACGAUAUCCAGAUCCUGCAUGCGCAGGAGUACCUCCGCAAACGCGCCGCCUCCGCUGCACAGGCCCAGAGCCAGAGUCACGUGGGCAGCCACGGUGGGGGCGGUGCGGGAUAUGGCCCUGCGCCGAGCUCGUUUCAGGUCGAGGAUGUCCCUGGGCACGUUCCCGGAGGAGGAGGCGGAGGAGGUCCGCAGGUGUUUGACUUUGGGGGAAUGGACUUUGAAGAUCCGUUCCUGCGGGAUGUGUUGACCAACCCGGAGGACUGGGCACUUGGGAGCAGGCGAGACUAG